CACGGACGCUGGCCAAUAGGCAUGGAGACAUCCCCAGGCUGGACCAACCAGGGAGCCCAGCUGUGCCCGCACCGUUACUGGGGCCGGCCCUGGAGCUCAUGUCAGGGGAAGGCCCGGGCCUCCCAAUGUGGGACGUGGACUAGCUCGCGUUCUCCCAAUCGGUGCCCGGCGCUGCAAUUCAAACUGACAGUGGGUUGGAAAGGCAGAGAAAGCGGAAGGAGCAAAGACUGCGUGUUCGGUGUCAGGCUCCUUCAGCGCGGCCUGACCCUAACUAGCGGACACUGUCCCAUCCAGUCCCGGCCACUGCUCUCUGUGGAAGCGACCUCGGGGCGAUAGGCUGCAAGUUCGAGAGCUGAGGACGUGAGCACGCGUGCGGCCAGCACGAGCUCGGCGAGAGCGGCGGUGCAAGGAAAGGGCCCACGGCGGAGCCGAGCGCGGAGGACUGGAGAGGCGGCGAGGAGCGGGAGGGAGGAAUCAGAGCGCUCUGCGGGUGGAGCUUACGCAGGGAGUGGUCGGAGGCGAGGCUUUAAAUAGCCUCUAGGGACUGGGAAUCGCCGCAGAGGGCUGGGAGCUAAGUGCCUGGACCCUAGGAGGACCCUUUACUCUCCCCAUCUCAAACUCCACUCCCUUUUGCUUGAGUUAGAAGGAAGUAAAAUUUGCUCUUGCCACUCAACAAAUGUUAAUUUUACUUUUCCACUAGGAAAUCAGAACUCUUCCCAGUUUUAGGGCUUAAAAACUCGUGGCCUCAAGACUUGUUUUUUAGCCUAGUGAAAUCCAACUAAGAAGGCUAUUGCUCGUUUCCCCAUUAGAAAUUCCCUACGUAUCCUUUCUGGGACUGACGCUAUGUCUACCAGCAAUUGUAGUUUCAAGGACCGAUGCGUGUCCAUCCUGUGUUGCAAAUUCUGUAAACAAGUGCUCAGUUCUAGGGGAAUGAAGGCUGUUUUGCUGGCUGAUACUGACAUAGACCUUUUCUCUACAGACAUCCCUCCUACCAAUGCAGUGGACUUCAUUGGAAGAUGUUAUUUCACUGGAAUCUGCAAAUGUAAACUGAAGGACAUCGCAUGUUUAAAAUGUGGGAACAUUGUAGGCUACCAUGUGAUUGUUCCCUGUAGUUCCUGCCUUCUUUCCUGCAACAAUGGACACUUCUGGAUAUUUCACAGCCAGGCGGUUUAUGGUAUUAACAGACUAGACUCUACUGGUGUAAACUUCCUACUUUGGGGCAACUUGCCAGAGACAGAAGAAUGUGCAGAUGAAGAUAUGCUAGAAACUUCAGCAGAAGAAUGUAUCCGAUAAGUGGGAUUAUGAUGCAGCUCUAAUAUUUCUAUAAUCACUUUUUCUACUUAAAAUAUUUAAUGAGCCAAUUUUAACAUUGCUAGUAAAGAUUUGCCGGUGUUUUGAUUUUUUUUUUAAAUAUUUUAUUUUUUUUUAUUUUAUGUGUAU